AUGUUACAGCUACUUGUGCUGCUCAAAAAGGCACACUAUAAUCGCAUGACAUUGCAGCCACAAACGGCGGAAGACCUUUGCAACUUCUCAGUGUCCUCAGCUGUGAGUUCAAUUGACACGUUCGGACUAAUGCAGCAAAGUCAGGAGGCAAUAGUGGGGUGGAAGGGUGAGCGGCAAAAUGAUCGCACUCCAUUUAGCAAGGCGCUCAUUUCUGCAUCAAUGCUAUGCUUCGCUUAA